AUGCCGUUGAGUACACCUGCUAAAGGCCGAAAAAAGGAUCCGAUCCAUUUCGUCAACGCUCGCCCGACCUCUGAGACGGAACGACUCCGGAUACAGCGGUUGGUACGAGCUCAUGUUGGAAAAUGGAUCUCCGAUCAGACUAAGGACCGCUCUGCAGCGACAACGACAGAGUUCUUGGAGGAGGGCCGGGCGAGCGCGAGCUCGAGCGCAAGCGCAAACCGGGUGAAUCUCUCUGAGAUUGCGCCGCACUACAAUGCUAUCGAUGCGGUAGAAUUCCCUUUGCCCUCGUCUUCGUCGCCCUCCGUCGGUUCGUCGCGUGAAUCGCCGGAGUCGACUAGUUCGCGCAGUCUGUCGCUUUCCGUGCGCUCUUCUUCGCAUGUCGGUGUGGUGCCGAUGUCUUCCGUUUCUUACACCUGGGAUCAGGAGGAAAGUGAUGAGACUACUCAUGAGUACGGUUCUGAUGCGCUGGUCACGCAAUCGACCGCCCAGCAAGGCAUUGACUCGUCUGGUUCCCUCUUCAAUGGGGUCAUUGGCGCAGAUGUCUUGGAUCCCUUCCACACCUAUCCGUCGCGCCAUACGCCACGAGCGAUUGAUGCGUGCCGAAGAUACAUGUUUGAGGUCUUGUGGCCGAAUCUGACUCCCCCCACACCUGGCGGACCCGGUGUCUCUGCUGUUGGGAGCUGGUUCCCUCUUUCCAUGACGGAUCCAACGUUAUUUGCCGCUUUUCUGUUUGGGACGCUUUCGCACCAACGCUGUCAGUGGAUCAACGGCCGUAUCCCAGACGGAGCAUUUCGACCCGAAGACCAGCGGCUCCUGCAGGAGUCCGAAUAUGAAACUAUCAAGCUGAUCAACGAUGCGCUCAAUGAUCCGAAUCGAGCCCUCAGCGAUGCGAUCGUGUUAAGCGUCAUGUGCAUGGGGCACAACAUCGCCGACGACAACGAUCGACGACGCAGUGGAACCACGCCGUUCAACCCACCCUUGACCCGUCUGCAAUGGCUCGAUGUCUACGCCAGCUUGCCUCCAAAUCUUGUCCACUUACAGGGGUUGGUCGAGCUUGUUAGAAUGCGGGGCGGUUUGAAAAACAUCAGGCUGCCAGGAGCUGGCCCUAUUAUGUCGUUCUCUGCCAUUUUGACUGCCAGCUAUCUUCUGUCGGCACCCAUCUUCCCCUAUAUGCCCCUCUACGAACUUCGCCAAAGUCUCACAUUACAGGAACUACUUGGAUACACCCCGCUAGACGUCGAGCUGGGGUUCGGUCGUCUCUGUCAGAUUGGAUUCACGGCCGAAAUGGCAGACGUCUUCCAAGCCCUGCGCGUCUACACGAAUAUCGUCAUCGAACACAUGAAGCACAGCCAACCCAAUCCUGACCUCUCCCUGCUCUGCGACCAGCGCAACCUCGUUCAACAGCACCUCCUCACCCUCCCCCCAGCUCAAAAUAUCCCCACCUGCUUCGCCCACCCACACCACAAACCGAUCUACGAAGCGUGCCGCCUCGCUGCCCUUACCUACAGCGUCGGUGUCACCUUCCCGCUCCCCUCCCAAUCUACCCCACUCGCCCGCCUCGGGCGUCUCAUCCAGGAGGUCCUCCACACUCCCGACGCCGCAUCCAUCUGGUCCCACCCGCACGCCCAGCUCGCCCUCCUGUGGGUCCUGACUCUAGGCGGCAUCGCCGCGACCAACCAGCCUGAGCGGGACUGGUUUGUCCGCACGCUAGGCCAGGCGGCCGCACACGCGCAGGUAUAUGCCUGGUCGGACCUGAAGCGCGUUCUCGAGUUCAUGCUCUGGUAUGACGUCGCCUGUGACCAGGCCGGGUAUACGCUCUGGGCCGAAGUGGAGCAAACGUUCGUUCGUCAUGUAUAA